AUGUCAAGAAAUUUUGACAGAGAGGAUGGCGCGGGUCCAUUACAGCGAGGACGACUCCGAUACCAGAAGCAGGACUACGAGGGCGCAGUCGAAGCCUUCACUGAGGCUGUCGAUAUGAGUACCGAUCAUAUGCGCAUGACUGCUUUGGAUGCUCGUGCGGCAACCUACGAGAAGCUUCAACAGCUGCUUCCUGCGCUUCGAGACGCUAGGAGCAUGAUCGAGCUAAAGCCGAAGCAAUCGAAAGGCUAUCUCAGAGCUGGUAAGGUGUUGCAAUUGCAGGAAAAGCAAGACCUGGCUCUGAAGAUAUACGCAAGAGGCCUAGCAAAAGUACCCGCGUCUGGAAUUGAUAGAGACCGUCAACACCUUGUAUCAUUCUACGAGCAACUGCGAUCGAGGAUGAAGCCUAGCAAGAACCGGGAUAUUCUAGGACGCCUUCCCCUUGAGCUGGCUCUUAUGGUCUGCCACCAUCUAUCAAUGCGGGAUCGAGUAAUCGGGCUGGCAGUCUGUAAAGGCUGGAAAAAGAUGCUGGAAGGCCAUAAGGAGCUAUGGACCACACUAGACACUUCGUACGCCAGAAAAGCAGUCAGCCUCAAGUACCUGCAGAUCCAUUUCAGAAGAUCGGGCUACACAUUGGAUCGUGCUCUCAUUACCCUCAGGGCAUAUAUCGAUGAGCAGAAGAUGAAGCAUCUCACGAAAUAUUGCAAGCAGCUCCGCGAGUUGCAUAUCAGCGGUCCUGGCUCCAUUGGAGAUACUUUGGUCUCGGCCCUCCCCGGUGAGGUGAAACUCGAGAGGUUGACCAUAUCCCAAAACACCGAAAUCACCCUGCAUCAUACUCAGAUGGUUCUCCAUAAAUGCCGGGAUUCGUUAAUCGAUGUCAAGUUCCUGAAGGUCAUAGGCAGCAAAAUUGCGUUCGUUCCAGGCAGAUGGUCCAUGGCCAAGUCGAUUAAAAGCAUACACCUGGGCACUGUUGAAGACGCAUGUCUCGACUUUAACGGUCUUCGAGAUGCUACUCCAAAUGCCACAUCGGUAAUCUUAAACGGCUGGAAAAUCAUGCUCCCUCUGAUCGACGCCAAAAACUGGACUGCUCUCGAACGCCUCGACCUCACUAACACCUCGAUCACGUCCCUUCCAAAGUACCCUGCGACUCUCAAACAUCUGGUCCUGCGGAAGAAUCCAAAUUUGACCUUUGGGGUCAACGAUGAGCUACCGGCUCAUCUCCCUUUACUAGAGACCUUCGCCUGUUCCUCUACCUCUCUCGAUGGCAACGCUCUUAAGCUCAUUGUCGGAGACUCUAUCGAAGGCGGAAAUCUCAAGAGCCUCGAGCUUGGAGAUCGCCACGUCAACGAACGGCCUAGCCUUGUCAAAGACGACUUCCCCGCCUCGGAGACGGUGGAAGAACUUUCCCUCGCAGGUAUGCUCCUAAACGACAGAUCGGCUCCAGAGGUAGUAGGGCUCUACCCCAACCUCAAGCGCUUGGAUAUGUCGAAUACCCGAAUUACUGGCGUAUCUGUCAAGGCUUUUGUCAAGAUGGGUAUCAAGUGGCUGAAGAUCAAUGGCUGUGAGUCGAUCAGCAUUGAUGCUGUGCAGUGGGCUAGGGGCAAGGAUGUCGAAGUCAAUCACAACUUCGUUGGUCAAGGAGUGCAAAUGAGGCAGCAUCCGAGUAUUAGGGACAGCGCGUUCGCGAAUAACUUCUGA